AUGCACACCUUUUGGACUCUACUGAUUUUCAGCCUUUGCCACAGCUACUACUUAAGCCAAGCAACGCCUGCGGCAAAGCAAUUACACGUCGAGAGUGAUACACCAACCAACGUGCAGUUCAAUGAAAACAACAUCGCCUUUGACACGGACGAUGAUGACUGGUACAACUAUGACGGCCGCAUUGUCGGCGGUUUGCCCACGUCCAUACUCAAUUUUCCCUAUCAAGUCUCCGUGCAGUAUAAGGGCCAGCACAUUUGUGGCGGUGCAAUCAUACGGCCGAAUAUCAUCAUCACAGCAGCGCAUUGCGUGGAGUCAACAAUGACUGCGAGUUCAUUUAAAGUGCGCGCUGGCUCCUCACAACACGCUUACGGUGGACAAUUGCUUGCCGUACAGCGUAUACACAGACAUGCGGGCUACUCCUCUGCGACAUACAAUCAUGAUGUGGCGCUAUUGGAACUCAGUCAAGAACUGCAGUACACACAGGCGGUGCAACCGGUGGUGUUGGCAGCAGCGAAUGUUGAAUUGGCGGUGAAAGCGAAACUCUUUGUCAGCGGUUGGGGUCUAACCAGCGAGACGGGUUAUGUAUCGGCAAUGUUGAAUUACGUGGAUGUGAAUCUGAUACGUCAGGAGACUUGCGUGCAGAAUUACAAAUAUGUGGUGCCCAUAACGACGGAGAUGUUCUGUGCUGGCUACAGAAAUGGUGGCAAGGACUCGUGUCAGGGCGAUUCGGGUGGUCCGUUGGUCGCCUACUAUCGUGGUGUGGCAACGCUGUAUGGCAUUGUGUCGUGGGGUAUUGGCUGUGCACAAAAGGACUAUCCGGGCGUCUACGCGAAGGUGUCUGCGCUGAGGCCGUGGAUUGAUGAGCAGUUGGCGGGUAUUGAUGCGGCGAGUGGAAGGAUUUGGUGA